UUGACAGAUGGGGUUCGCUGUUUGCGUAAAAAAGAUAAAGAACAUGUUUGCUCUUCGAUAGGUGAAUCGCACCAAUCGCACAGGAUAUCUUUACAAACUCAAAGCAUCUGGAAAGUUCCUAACAUAACAGUAGUAGAGGAAGGCUCACCGCUCGGCAGCAAUUAUUGAUCGUAGUGACAUCCUUAAAAGGAAAUAAUUUUGGGCGAGUACAAGUCUAGGUUAAGGUUCUAUAGGCCAUAGAUACUUUGGCGGAACAUGGCAGUGUUACUUCCUUGUUAUAAUCGAGGCUGCGGCCAAAAGUUUGAUCCUAACGACAACGUCGAAGAUAAUUGCAUUCACCAUCCGGGAAUUCCGUUCUUCCACGAUGCCUACAAAGGAUGGACAUGUUGCAACAGGAAAAGCGUUGAUUUUACCGAAUUUCUCAACAUCAAAGGUUGUACGGCAGGCAAGCAUUCGAAUAUCAAACCUCCAGAACCGGAAAAACCAGAGAAAGACGAUAUCGUCGUCGAAGAACCUCCACAGGAGAAGAUUCCAGAACCGAUCAAAAAAUCCACCCUUGUUCGACCACCAUGGGAUAGUGCAUUGACCACUUUGGAACCAACGGUGGCACCAGCUUUCCGUAAACAAAUCGACGAGCUUCCAGCAACGUUGGUGACUGAAAAAAAGCUUAACACCAAUCUGUCGGAGAUUCAAACUGGGACGAUUUGCAAGCACGGUGGUUGCAAUUACGGUUACGAAGAUGACAAAAGUAAUGAAAAGCCAUGCGUUUACCAUCCCGGGGUACCGAUUUUCCACGAAGGCCUAAAAUUUUGGUCGUGUUGUCAGCGAAAGACAUCGGAUUUUACCGCAUUCAUGAACCAAGCUGGCUGCGAAACUGGCCGUCACAAGUGGACAAGCGACGAAGACCAAUCGCAUGUCGUCAACUGCCGAAUAGACUGGCACCAGACAGCUACACAGGUCGUUGUGACGGUGUAUGCCAAAAUGUAUCACUACCGCAAUAGUACGGUCCGGUUGAAUCCGAUUCGGUUGGCGGUUUGUUUGGUGUUUCCACAGCAGAACAACAUGGAGUAUAACAUGGACCUGGAAUUGAGAGGGAUUGUGGACGUUGGCAAGUCUAAAGUGAACAUGUUCGGUACCAAGGUGGAAAUAACGUUGAUUAAAGCAGAACCUGGACACUGGCCAAAACUUAAUUUUCCACGAGAAAAACAACCUGCUGAGGAUCAGAUAAAGAAGCAAUUGGAAGAAGAGAAGAAAAAGGCUGCUCAACAGACAGGCGAAGAUUCGGACUCCGAUGUGAACCUUGACGACAUUGAACCCGCUUUCAGUUCGGCCACAUUAAAGGAAAUCAAAUGAAAAUAGAACACCUUAAAUAAACGAACCAAGUCUCGAAGACGAAUUAAAAUAAAGAAUUCAUUCUCUGAUUAAAUCAGCCGAUUUAUGGGCCUUUGAAUAAAAGCAACAAGGUUCAAAUUUUUAAAUAA